AUGUAUUUAGAAGUCUUAUCAAAUGAAAUUCUGCUUGAUUUAUUUGCUUAUUUGAAUGGUACAGAUCUUUUUCAUGGAUUUUAUGGUAUCAAUUCUCGUUUCAACUUUCUUCUUUACAAACAAUUUCGAUACUAUCGUUUCGACUUUGAAUCAGUGUCAAAACGUACUUUCGAUCUGAUAAAUCAACAACAUUUGCCAUUGAUUGCUGAUCGAGUCAUUGCUCUUCGAUUAUCGAAUUAUGAGACUAUAGGGCAAUGUGAUUUAUUCGUUUCUUAUAUACCAUCAUUCCGUCAAUUAACUUGCUUACGAUUAUUAACAAUACAGAAACUUCGAUCAUACAAAGUAUUCAUAGAACUCCUAAAUAAAUGCCAUGAACUCGAUAGUCUUACUUGUUUAAAUAUAAACCAUUGUCAUUUUUCAACAGAACAAGCUAAUUUUUCAUUGAUUAUUGACAAGAUUUGGCAUUUACCAAAGCUUACUGAUUGCCAUUUUCACAAUAUUAUUCGAAGACCAUAUUAUUUUAGAGUACCAACAAUUAUCUCCCCAUCUCUUGAAUGCGUAACAAUAUUUCACAGCGAACUUUCAUCGAAUCAAAUAAAUCGAUUGUUUGAUUAUACACCUCGUUUAAAAAGUCUUUCGGCAAUAGUUAGGAAUUUGAACAGUGAAGAUCAUAUAACAUCUCCACAUUCAAAACUCAUUCAAUUAAAUAUGUAUUUUUCUUAUCAUAUAAAUGCUUCGAAUAUCACAUAUUUCUUGCAAAGUACGCCUAAUUUACGUCACUUGGAUAUCAACAUAAGAUCUAACUUAAUCAAUGGUCGUCAGUGGGAACAUAUCAUUCGUAAUUACUUACUGAAACUCAAAACAUUUCGAUUAAAAAUGAAAUGGUUUUCUCGUAACAAGCAAAUUAUAAACGAAGAAGCUGAGAAGUUACUCGAUUCAUUUCGAAGCUCAUUUUGGAUUUAUGAACGACAAUGGUUUGUUCGAUGUUUUAUCGGCGAGUAUGUCAUUUCUCUUAAUACUCUAUCUAGCAAAGCUGAUGAGUAUGAAACCAUUUCAGGUCUAUGCAAAUAUACAUGUUCAGAUGAUAAUUAUUGA